AGCCUGAGGCACAAUUCAUUAGGCUUUCUGCUUCUUAUAUUUCAUAGCAGAACCUGCUCAGCACCGUCAGCCAGCAAUUCAUGCUGUAAACUAGAACCGCCACAGACUCUGGAUCAAACCUCUGAAAGUGGUGUUGGACGCCUGUCUAUGGGAGAUGGUAUCAGAGUAUUUCAACAACUCGUUCAGUGGAUAAACUUUAAGAUUUUGCCUUCACAGAACAAUUAAGCUGUAUCCUGGCAAGAAGAAUUGCCAUUUCAGAAAUAAAAGGAAUUCGCUAUAAAACUUCCUAUGUGUUCUAAAUGGUCUGAAGCUUAGCGUUGAGGAAAACGGUUCAGUUGACAUUGAAAGUUUUUCCUAUUCAUUUAUUCAAUAAAUAUUUCUUUGAAUGCCUUGUGAGUGGAAGGCACCACUCAGGUCCCUGCCUCUCAGUCGCAAACAAAUAGCAUUUCACGCCUCUUCCUAGGGGCUUCGUUCUGGUGAUAACUGUUCGUCAAUGAAAAUGGGACGUUUGUUGCUAAUAGAAUUCUGCAGCCUCGUGCUUCUCUGCAGCUCGUCAUUGUCUAAGGAACGGCCCCUUUAAGCCCGUGCCGUGUGGGGUGAGAGCCGCGAGCCCCUGAAAUGGGGCCGGUCCCCCAGAGGUGCCACGUCAACAUCGCCGCGUCUCAAAGACACGGUACAAAAUAGAGCACAGGAUACCGCACUCAUGCAUUGCCGCUGGUUGUGUGUUCAGAUUCAAGGACUUGGAUAUGUGGGAAUAGAUAAACUUAAUACAAUUAACUUCUGUUUUUCCUUUUAGAAAUUUUUAAAUGACGUAUGUGGCUCCUGCUUGUGAAUUGCAUUAUGUUUCUAUUGGCGCCCUCUAAGGAUCACACUUAUUUUUUAAAUAAAAUUAAGGUUUAAUUUCAUUGGGUCCCAGUUAUUAUUAGAAAUGUCACUAGACUUCUCGGGGAAAAGAACCGAGCGGCCCACUCCGCAGCUCCGGCGCCGAGACUGCGCAGACUGAGGCCCAGUGGCCUCGGAGGACGCCGCCUCUGAAAACGCCUGACCUUCUCCUUCUUUUUCGUUUCAUGUCGCCCUGUCUGAACCGCGGUGAUUUCUCACAAAACAGCACGCACUUCUGGGGCCCAGUAGCCAACUGGGGUCUCCCCAUCGCCGCCAUCAAUGACAUGAAAAAGUCUCCGGAGAUCAUCAGUGGGCGGAUGACGUUCGCCCUCUGCUGUUACUCUCUGACGUUCAUGAGAUUCGCCUACAAGGUGCAGCCUCGCAACUGGCUCCUGUUCGUGUGCCACGCCACCAACGAGGUGGCCCAGCUCAUCCAGGGCGGGCGGCUCAUCAAAUACAACAUGAAUAAGAAGGCAGCAGCGUGACCGGGCAGGGAGGCGCUGCCCGCUGCUGGGCCUCCGGCUCCGUCCUCAGGACGCCCUGCUGAGGAAGACCCGCUGAGUGCUGUGUUACUAACCCCACCAUUUCCACCCACAGCGAGAGCCCCUGAGCCCCUGACCCGCCCCGGCUGCCUCCCAAGUACUGACUACUCUCCUCCCCUAACCAGUCGUCACAGGCAGUCAUUCCGUGCUUCCCAGCCAUGCUUUCUCUGAGGCCGUGUUGUUAUCUGUUAGGAUUUACUGAGCGCGCCACGGAAGAGAACAAAGCCUGUGACUCUCAGACCUGAGUGCUCAGAACUCUUGCCUUGUUCUGUAACGACCAUGAGACAACCCCAGCUACACCCUUCAGGUCUCACCCCAGGGACUGAAAAGUGUCCGUUUCCAUGCAGUGUGUAUUCUGAAAUGCUGUGACUUAACGGCAAUAAAUGACUUAAAUAUUUGUCAGUGAGAA